UCUGCAAUUGUCAAGCAGCAGAAGACAACUUCUAUCAGAAUUCCAUCUGUGUGAGCUACACAAACGAUGAUUCCCGACGUAGACAUAUUCAUUGGGAAUUACACAAUAAUUGACCAAGAAGUCUUUGGACUUUGGGUUCAAGGAUACUCAGUUGUGGAAGCUGUUUCAGUGCUGCAACAACGAGGAGCCUUAGAAACAUGGGGAGCGUCACACGAACUGCUUACCUCGGAUACCCUAGACCACUAUCGUACGUUUGGGAUGCUGGAAAAACUGCUGCUUACGCCUACCAAGCUGGCUGAAGAAUGGACCUUCCAGCUAGAGCCUGCUGUACAGAAAAUGGUUAUUGAAAAAUAUUAUGAGUUUGAUGAUAUUGUCAUUCGUGAAAUAAUUGGAAAGAAAUUAUCAGGCAGAACUCGAAAGGACCUUGAUGAUGUCGCUGAAAAAACAGGUGUUUUGCUGCGAUCAUGCAGGCGUCAGUUCGACAACGUGAAAAGGAUAUUCAAGCAAGUAGACGAAAUGCCAGGUUCCGUGGUGGCAAAUAUCCAGUCCUCAUUUCUCUUACCAAAUGAAUUAGCCAAAAAAUACGCCUCGAUUGUCUUCAUCAUCAACAACAGGUUCGAGACAAGCAAAAGGAAGCUCAACUACCUUACCUUCGAGGAUUUUUCGGUGUGCGCAUCUCUUAUGAUGAACUCCUGGACAACCUCCACUAUCACGUCGAGCUUCAACGUUGGUGCAGAUGGCCGUGAUGACUCUGACGUGGACCGAGAGUUCCUCAUGGACCUUAGGGACUUCAAGCUCCUGUUAGAUCGGGAGAAGGAGCACAGGAAUAUGACCCUAAGCCACUUACGGGGCAAGAUCCCAGACCGCAUGUGCACUGAGGUCGAGAAUAACUUCAAGGUCUACUCAAGGGCCAUCAUUAACAUUGGCUGUGCCCUCAACAACACACGUGAUCUGCGGGACUUCUUUGUCGACACUGUGGAGAAAAUUGUAGAUCCUUGUCGGCAGUCGAGGUGGAAGGGGGCCGAGCUGGAGGUCUUUUUACAGGUCUAUGCCGAUGCGGGGAGUGGGCUUGAUAUUAUGAACAGUGACCACUCUUUACGCAUGACAUGGGAGAGGUACAUGAACACCAUGCGGAUGUGUAUAUGUCAGUUGUACCACUCCUGACAUCACGCUCCUCCGCUGCGCCUCACCCGUACAGCUACAGUGCAAGAAAAGGUCACAUCCGAAUGACCCUUGCUUCAAACAAGGUUGCAAACGAGCUUAGAUUGGUAGAGCAGCCUUAGUCACAUCAAACAAUUUAUCGUCUUUUACUGAUUGCAUGGUAGAUAAUUGCUAGAGAAUUUUUAAGAGCAGGCAUUUUGAGUAGAAGCCAGAUAAGGGUUGAGGAAGCUGCGGUAAAGUGAAAUGUCCAUCAAAAAGACUUAAGGAAAAGACAAUUUGACUCUUACUUAUUUAGUUAGGAAUUUAUUUAUCUUUAUUCAACAGUUUAGGGAAGAUUAUUCAAGGGAUUGAGAUAACUUAUUGAAAUUUGCAAUUUGCUGAGAGAGUGCCAGUCUUUGGUGGAUGAGAAUGUACUGAGACAUUCAUUAACUUAUUAUAACAGAUUAUAUAUAGGAUUGAAUAAAUCUACUUAUCAUUCAUUAGCAGCUGUGGUGAGAUCAUUUUGAAAAUUGCACAAUGCCUGUUAUAUAUUGUGUGAUAUCCAGUGUUUAUUUAUAUCCUUCUAACACUUGUCUGGGAGGAAAAUCUAAUACUUUUGGUCAUUUUGAUUUUGGAAUUGAAACGUCAAGUUGAAUAGAAAAAUUAAAGUAAUAUGUACUAAAUGUUAUGGUGAGCUUGAGUUUAUUGUGCAUUAUAAAGACAAUAGAUACUAUGAACUAGUAUCAUCUGUUGUUAGAUUGAAAAUACAGCAUAUUAAGAAUUGUGUUUUAUAUUUAUAAAUAUGAAUAUCAAAUAUGAAAGACAAGAUUAUGGGGAAAGUAAUUUGAUUUUUAUUCAUACUUUUAUAUUCCUCACUUUAUCAUAAUAUUCUUAUACUUUUUAUUUAAAUGAAUAUGAAUACAUAUAAAUUCACUAUGCAUCUGAGAUAAGUCGAUCCUUGUUCCUAAUUAGGGAAACUUCGAAAGAUAUUUACAAAAUGCAUACUUUGGUUUGCAAUAUCCUUUUGUAUGUGAUAUUCAAGCACAUUUUAUUUUCAUGUAUACUAAUACUUAUGUAAAUAACACUUGUAAAUCUACAUUGUAAAUAGAAAAUGUUGUCUUUAACCCAUUUUUGCCAGGUACGUGCACUGUUCACUGUUGAAUUGUUUUGUUAAUAUAUUAUACACAUUGAUGGCUUCACAAUUUCAUAUCAAGGAGUAUCAGCUUGGCCUAUUUACCUCACCUAUUUGCUCCUGUAAUUUGUGGGAAAAUAGUUUGUAUAUCUAUUACUGAUGUCAUUAUGAUGAACAUAUUAUCAUUAUCUUUAAGAUUAUUAUUGUAGUAUUAUUACCAAGACUAUCAGUAAUAGAAAUACCAACUUUUCUUUCAGAAAAUUCAAGGUAAAGGGAAAACUCCUUGGUGACUUAUAGAGCCAUCUGUGUGAAAUUGACAAACUUGAAUUAAAGUGGACAGGGCUGGUAUACUUGGCCUCCUGGUAUCAGCUGAUUAAACUGCUAUUUUAAUGUCAGUGAAAAGAGAUCUUGACUUUUGGAGAUAACUAGCUUCUUUCUUAUCUUUUCUUUAGUUCCAGUGCAUAUUUCAAACCUAACUUAUACCUCACUUGGCCUGAAAUUGUAUAUUCAAGUCAUACCAUUGCAAUGAACAAGAGAAAUCUUAAGACUCUUGGCAAGAGAUAAAAGAUUCUUAAUAUAUAUAUUAUGCAUUGAGAUAUAGCUAAUAUUAGACACCUAUGGAUCAUCAUUUUUUCUCUCAUUUGGCCAAAGUUUGCACAAUUCAUUAACCCGACAGGGAUGGCUGCCAGAAAAGACCGGGUUAUUCUAAUUGGGAAAACUUCUGGGUGCCAAAAUAUACUGCUUAUAUGAGGUCUUUUUGGCAGGGCUGUGUACUAUGAAUUUUCCAAAAGGCUGUUGAUGAUUUUUAAGGCCUUUGGGAACUACUUUAACCUGUAAACUGUGACAUACAUCAUAUGAUGAACAGUGUAUAACUGCGAAUUAUAUCAUAUGAUGUGGAGACUAUUUUUUAAAGUUGGUGGCCUAUAUUUUGCUUCUAUAUAUCUUGAAAUAAUGUUUGGCAACUCGUGCAACUUCACUACACCACAACGCCUGAAGUAAGGUAAAUAAUGAAUAUAGGUAUUCCUAUACUUUCCAUUAUUUUUGAGAACUUUCCUUUAAGCCAAACAUUUUGCACUUUGGGUAUGACCACCAGAACCUAUUAUGUAGUUUAUGGUUUAAUCUUGAAUAGUUUGUCCUAACAUUAUUAUUUUGUGUAGAGAGACACCCACUUCGUUAUUUCAAUUUUCCUUGGUUAUGAAAUUUGUUUUAUUUGUUAUCUAUCUGUUGACAUGCUAUUUUUUAUGAUAUUCCUCAUAUAACAAAAGAGAUGUUAUAACAUUAAAUCUGUGAUUUUGUUUUGAUUAAUGACCCUUAUGAUUAAUGUUGAUUUUGGGCCUUCAUAUUUUAGAAAUUAUUUUUUAUGAUCUUUUGAAGUUAUGUGAAUUCUAUUAUUAUGCAUCCUAGUCUUCCUUACUAAUUUCUUAUUAUGCAGUAGUCAUUUUAAGGCCAUGUACAAAGUUUCAGAUUAUGAACCUUUAUUGAUUACUGCAGCAGUGUUGUUUAUUUCAAAUUUCUGUAUGAAUCAAUGAUACCCUAAAUACACAGUUAAAAUAAUGGUAAAGUGACACUACUAAUUAUCAUGGCAACACAGUAAAUAGAAAAGAAUAAAAAAGGGAGAUAAUUUAAUUGUACAUCACCAUUUACCAAGUAGCCUGUGCACCUCUUAGACAACAGCAUGACUUGCUUAGAACAGCAUCCUCAUUUCAUACUUAAACUCUGUGUUUGCUGUAAAAAAUUAUCAAAUUACUCUUUGUGUGUGAACCACAAUAUCUAAUUGUUUACAGAUUUAGGGGUACUUAGGAAGUGAAUGUUAUUCCUGUAUUAAAUCCUCUUUAUCUGUGUGAGGAUACAAGAAGUUAUUGAAUUUCCAUAUUUUUUUCCUAUAUGCUGAGUUCUGACAGACUAAUUGAUGUAUAUAUGUAAUGGCACUAUAUCUCUUUAUUUUCUUUUUUACAAAGAUGCUCAGAUGAAGUACCUGAAACACAGAAUUGUUGAACAUUUGUUGAAACAUAGCAUUGAGAAUUCUAGAGUUUCCAUACACGACAAAGAAAGUUUUAUGAGCAUGUGCAUUGAGAACAUUCAUCUGCUAUCUUCAUUAUGUAACUGUGUGAAAACAUUAGUUUCAGCAUGCAUUAGUACUCAGCACAUCAUAUGAUCAAGCACGUUGAUAAAUGUUAAAUACAUGUAUAUAUUUCUAUGUUGUUACAAAAGUAAUGUGUAAUCAAUCACCUAUAAAGUUUGUUAUUCAAAUGUGAAAAUCACAUGAAGAAAUUUUUGUAAACAAACAUAUAAGAUUAAAGACAAAGCAACAGUUAUAUGUACAAUAGGAUUUAAUAUGCAGGGCAAGUGUAACGAUGGAAGUGAGGGUAUGUGCAUGAUAAUGAUCUGAUAGAUUUGAUGCACUGUUAGAGCUGGUAAAGAAAAGGUUGUAAUAUGUGUAACUGAUGGAGAAAAUUGUUUGCAAAAUAAAUUAUGUAGAUUGCCA